AUGGAAAAUAAAAAGUCUCCAUCAAAUAAAAAAUUAAUAUCUAUUCAAGAAGAAAAAUUAAUACGUCAAGUCGAUUACGAUUCUAUUGCGGAAUCUUCAACUCGUUUACCUAAAAAGUUAUUUCUGGAAAUAUUUCGAAAGGGGUCCUCUUGUAAGAAUCCAUCUCAAAAAGUACUUGUGUCUAUAAAACCAAAGUCUCCAGCGAUCAAAACUUUAUUUUUAGCCGAAAAGAAUAAAUUCCAGUCAAAGAAGCAUUCUACUAAAGCGGGUUCACGGCUUGCUUUAGGAGAUUAUUCAUCGCUUACAUCUCAUUAUAGCGACAAUGAUUCAAACACGUUGAAUUCAACUGAAUCUAUUAAUUAUUUGUACAGAAAUCGUACAAGAAGCGAAAUUAUACCUAAUAGGGCUUCAACGACUACGACAAGAGAGGAUAGUACCACAGGAAUUUCAAAAUGUAUAAACACUGAGUCUUCAUCUGUUUGUCCUCCUUUCUAUAAGAACCAUUCUAAGCAACAUUUUACCGAAAAAUGCUAUGUUUAUACUCAACCACAAUUUACCAUGACCAUCCCCAAAGUAUCAAAAACAUUUCAAAAUAAUAAUAGAAGAUCAAACAAAACUGAUAUUGGUACCUUUGUAGUAACUAAUUCCUCUUCUCAAGAUAUAUUAACCUCAACUGAAAACAUAAAUAAUUUAAAUAAAAGACUAGAACAACUGGAAAGGAAAGUUCUCAGACAGCAAAUGUUAUUCCGUUCUAUUGAUCCUAACAUUUCAUUGUCUUCAUCAGAUGAAGAUUCCAAAGCUCGCACAAUGAAAAAGUCAUCAAGUCACGGGCGACCUGGAUGUAGUUAUGUAGAAUAUAGUCAAAUACCUGAAACAUCAGCAUUCCAGAGAUAUUCUCAGCAGCCUGCUCCUUUAUCGGCCAGUAAAGCUACAACCAUUCAAAAAGAACACAAUUCAGAGCAAUAUGGUCGCGAUUUUACUUUGUAUGAUGGCAUUACAGCAAGAGGUAGACGUCAAUGUGCAUCCGUCCCUUGCAAAAGAGACGAUGGGCCGAGAAUAGCUGCAGAUAGAGUUCACAAAAUAAGACACAAACUUAAUCCAGUCCGAGAUUAUAGACUUAUGGAUACAGUCCAUUAUUUGGCUCAAGGUGAAUUUGCUCCACGUGAUGACGGAAUAAAAUUGACACCUUCUCGAGAGGCAGUUUUGAGUGAUAUAAUAUGGGAAGAUGUUUGUCGUACUCAUUGGCCCAAUACUAGACUAGCGCGUCGGCUCGCUCACUCAGAAAGAUACGGACCAAAAUCAGAAUUGCAACGUUUAAUAGAUAGUCUACUCAGAGAACGAGUAGCUCAUGUCGAAAGGCGAAGACGACGACACUACCGAAUUGUUAAAUUAAACCAUCGUCACGAAAAUUGUAGACCCAUGGGUAAAACUGGAGAUAUAAUAGUUGCUAGUCACAAGAAAAUACCUUGUAAUGACGAUAAUGAUAUAGUUAACGGCCAUACAUAUACAAGAAUUUCAAUGCAAGAAGGGCGACAUAAGAAAGCUUUAAACCCUGGUAAGACUCAUACAAGUCAUGACCCUGUUCUUCAAUCUGAAAUAAGACAAAGGAAACAAUUCAGACAAGAAGACUGUCCACCGGGACCUAGUUAUUCAACACGUCAUUCCCGAACAAACAGAGAACCUACAUGCUGCUACCAUACAUCAAGUCCCUCAAAUCAAAUGGGUAGCUCGAAACCAGCAUCUAGUUCUAUACGAGGAAGUAUUAUGCAAGACCUAACAAGUGAUAGCAGUAACACCAAUGGCAAAGUUCGCCAAAAGAAUCCUCGUUUAGUAAUUAAAAAAAAAUCAUCAAGAAAGAAAUAUAAAAAUGAAGAACCUAAUCUUGAACAUUUCAUUUUAUUACCAACUUUGGUAGUUAAAACUCCAUCUAACAUGAAGCGCCAAAAGAAAUUCAAUGAACUAUAUCAUCGAAUACUUAAUGUACAGUUUAACAAAGCCAAAGCCGUUAAUAAGGAAAAUGAAGAUUUAAAUAGUAAUCAAAAUAAAAUAGAAUAUGGUCUGAAUAUCAAUGACGCAGUACCAAACAGCGAAGAAAGUAUUAAGAAAAAUAACUUCUGAAACAGUUUAAUUUUUAAUUUCUUCUUUUUUAACAUACUCAAAUUAUUAGUUUGAUUAUCACCAAUAGUAUUUGUUUACGAAUUCGCGUAAGGAGAAAAUAACAAGACCUUGAUAGUCUUUAGUUUACCACUUCAUCGCAUCAUUUUGAAAAAUGCACUGCAUAACUAAUUUACAUAAUACAAAA